AUGGCGUUCCUUAGUCAGCACCACACUUACCCAAUGCGUCGAACAAACAAAGAGCCCCAAUGGACAACCGUCUAUGACGAUUUGUUCAAUCAACACAUCGAUACUGAUGGUUUCGAGUUCGGCACCUGCAACGCAGUCGCAGCAACAAGCAGUUCAGACGAAGCCAGCAACAGCGAAAUCAUCAACUCCAUCGAAGCAAACUUCACCGACAGCGGGGACAGCAGCUCAUCGGAAGCAGCGGCAAGACGUCUCUCCCAUGACUUCUGGGCCAGAACAUUGGCAGUGCUUGGAGAAAGCGCCUCAACUCUAGAAGACGAGCAAGACGGCUCGCGACAAAGAGAAAGCCAACAACAACAAAUCCACGCUCUUUCGCCCGCUAUUUCCUUCUACAACACAAAGAAUCACCCUCAUGCGGACUUUCUCAGUCUCGGUGGUUUCCCCAGUCCUCACAUCUCGAAUGUUCCAUCAUCACCAUCAGCAGAAGCAGCGGCCAGGCGCCGUAAAGCAACAAGAUAUCAACAAGAUCGUCGCAUCACGAAAACUCCUGAGAGACCCGUCGGUAUCAAGAAAGUGUACCGUUCGUCUAGCAAGUCGCCAAAAAUGAUGUCGCCAUCGCGCUACAGUGCAGGUGCCCAAGACGCUUGGAUCGGAAGUGUCUAUCAAACACCAAACAGAAUGACGAGUAUGAAUUUGCCUGUCAGGAGUAUGCCUUUGACUCCUCCAUCGAGUGGAAGAAGUAAGCCAUCGACACUUGGACUCGGCUUCCAAGGACUUGGGGAUCUCGACGCUUCUUCUUUCCAACCAUUCACAAAUUAUGAUGAGCAAACAUCUCCCUUCUCCCAAACCUUCAACCAAGAAAGCCUUCCCAGACAACUCUACAGUCCUGAAGCUUCACCUCUUACAAGCCCCAGCGUUGAACGCGGGGCCAUGUUUGCUGAAGAGCCAACAAUCUUCCGCGAUGUCUACUACAAGCAGCCAAUUGCCACAGCUGCCACAGUAGGCUCGUACAAUGAAUCCGCCUGGAGCGCAAACUCCUUUGGUGUAGAGGACAUUUACGAGCCCUCACCAACAUUCAGCCCUUGGAUGCCGAGUGAAAAGAAAGAAGCAGAAUACCAAGCUUCUCUCACCCACGACUAUCAAGUCCACAACAGCCUGCUCCAGGCGACUUAUAAUGAUCCCACUCUGGCUCCUGCAUUCGGCGAGGAAAUCAUUGGAGGGCUUGAUAUGCAAGAACAAACACCCUACGAUACCACAACUUCUUAUCCUAUCCCGCUGCACAGAGAGUCCCGCACACCAUCACCACCUCGGGUCACAAAGCGCAAGCCUUCCUCAAAGCUUCACACCCAUAGUCGCAGAUCUAGCAAUGGCGAGCGCAAACCCUCUCGUGGCAACAAAGUGGGUGGCUUUGUCAAUUACACACCUUCAGACAGCGAGAAACUACUCACAGGUGUUGCACCUUCAGGAAGCAGUAAGACGAAAGCGAGAAGGGGGAGAGAGCAAGCAGACAGAUGGAGAAGGUUCAGUCAAGCUGCUGCUAAAGCUGUUGCUGAAGCUGGAGGAGUGGUCGGAGAAGCCGCUCCUGUAGCUGAUAUGUUGCCUUUAUCGCAAGAAGUAUUGGACGCAAGAGCUGCAGAUAAUUGGUCUUGA